AUGUACAGCUCACACAGUUUGCCUUACCUGGGAGUGUUAAUAGUGGCGGUGGUUGGCAACAAAAUAUUGGAAGAGUGUCUGUUAUCGAACCAUACGUACACCAUGAACGUCGUGCUGCUGGAGGACAACACUUAUGGGUGGAGUCGGCCGUUUGUCCAGGCGGCCGUGGAACGAGCCAUCGCACAGGACGAGAAGGAGAAUGAGGACGCUGGUUUAGACUUCAAGUUGACGGCUAACUAUAAUGGCUUCGACACCACAGUGUACAACCGGCAGGGCUGUGGCAGCAGCACCUGUGAGGGAGUGGCAAUCCUCAAGCUGCUGCAUAGUAAGGAUGAGGUUGGCUGCGUCAUGCUGGGGCCUUCCUGCACUUAUGCCACCUUCCAGUUAGUGGAUGAUGAAAUUGGCCUGAACCUGAGCAUUCCCAUCAUCUCUGCUGGGAGCUUCGGCCUCUCGUGCGACUAUAAGCCCAAACUGACCCGACUUCUGCCUCCAGCACGCAAGAUCUCAGACUCAUUAUACAACUUUAUGAUAACAAAAUUGCCAUUUAAGGAGACAUGGAAACAGGUCUACGUCUACAAGAAGUCCACCAACGUAACUGAAGACUGCUUCUGGUACAUCAACGCGUUGGAAGCACCCUCUGCCAGCUUUGCCUCAAAGACAGCCAGAGAGAUGGUGCGUGGGGAGGACGAGCUGAAGAAGACACUCAACUUAAAGAAGAGACACAGCAACAUUUUCAUCUUGUGUGGGGGCCCCGAUGACGUGGUUUCAAUAAAGCAGAUGGUGGGCCGGAUUGAUGAAGAGAUCAUGUUCGUUCUCCUUGAUAUUUACAACCCUGAGUAUUAUGUCAACACAACAUCCAGUCAGGGUAUGCAGGAUGUACUAGUGAUCACGCUGCCUCAGAGGAACUACAUCUAUGGAUCAAACUCAACAAGCAACGACACGAUAAAUGACUAUGUGGCCGGGUACCACGAUGGGGCUCUGCUGUUUGGCAAAGUGCUCAGAGAGAAGAUGCUCAGCCAGCGAGAAAACCGAUCCUAUGAUGCGCCUCUGGAUGACAACCCUUUUGUCAAUGUCUCCUUUGACGGUAUGGGAGGACACUAUGUGCUCGAUGAGUAUGGGGACCGAGAUAUAAACUUCUCCAUGAUUUACACAUCAACCGUCACUGGCAAGUACGAAACCCUGCUGAUGUUUGACACGUCGCAAAAUAGAAGCAUCGUGGUCGACGCAAACCCCGCCCUGCACUGGAACGGUCACCUGCCUUCUGAUGUGCCAACAAAACAAAAUGACUUAGAUAUGCAGGACGUGAUUGUGAUCGUUCUGAGUCUCAGUGUCGUUGUGGUGACGGCCAUCGCUCUCAUCUUCUACAGUCAGAACAGGAAAGACCAUCUCAUGCAGAAGAAGUGGUCUCACAUCAACCCGCUUCUGAUUGGUCCACUGGACGAGAAGGCGGUCUCACUGAAGAUUGAUGAAGAUAAGAGGAAGGAGAGCACAUUUCUCAACCAUCGAGGCCGCUAUGAUAAAAAGCCUGUAAUCUUGAAAGAGUUGAAACAGACGGACGGAGACUUCACAGAGGGCCAGAGGAUUGAGCUGAACACUCUGCUGCGUAUAGAUUACUACAACCUGACAAAGUUCUACGGCACAGUGAAGUUUGAGUACGGUGUGUUCGGCGUGUUCGAGCUCUGCCAGAGGGGCUCCCUCCGGCACAUUCUGAAUGACAGGAUCUCAUACCCGGAUGAAACCUUCAUGGACAACGAGUUCAAGACAUCAGUCAUCUAUGACAUCGCAAAGGGCAUGUCCUAUCUCCACUCCAGUAACAUCCAGGUCCACGGUCGCCUCAAGUCCUCCAACUGUGUGGUCGACAACCGCAUGGUGGUCAAGAUCACCGACUUUGGCUGUCACACCAUCCUGAAGCCCGGCAGAGACGUGUGGACUGCCCCGGAGCAUCUUCGUAAAGAUGGGGUGUCUCAAAAAGGCGACGUCUACAGCUAUGCCAUCAUUGUUCAUGAGAUCGUGUUGAGGCAGGGUCCGUUCUACACGGAGUGCUGCUCUGAUCCUGCAGAGAAGAUCUACAGAGUGAAUUACACCAGUGGGAUGAACGUCUUCAGACCGGACCUCACCUUUGACGGCGCAUCAGAAAAACAGGUGGAGCUGUUCAUGCUGAUACAAAUCUGCUGGGAUGAAGACCCAGACAGAAGGCCAGAUUUUAAGAGAAUAGAGGUCACUCUGGGUAAGAUUUUCGGUAACCGGCACAACCAAGGCAGUGAGACGUACAUGGACAACCUGAUCCGCCGCUUGCAGAUGUACUCCAGAACUCUGGAGCAUCUGGUGGAGGAGAGAACCUCUUUGUACAAAGCGGAGAGGGACAGAGCGGAUCACCUCAACUUCAUGCUGCUUCCUGGCCCAGUGGUGCGUUCACUGAAGGAGACGGGCAAAGUGGAACCGGAGCUGUUUGAGGAGGUGUCCAUCUACUUCAGCGACAUUGUGGGAUUCACCACCCUCUGCCACUACAGCACCCCCAUGGAGGUGGUGGACAUGCUCAACGACAUCUACAAGAACUUUGACAGCAUCCUCGACCACCACCACCGUGACGUGUACAAGGUUGAAACGAUAGGAGAUGCGUACAUGGUUGCCUCAGGUUUGCCCAAUCGCAAUGGUGACAGGCAUGCGGUGGAUAUUGCCCACAUGGCCUUGGACAUUCUGGCAUUUGUCGGGACCUUUGAGUUGCAGCACCUGCCUGGCAUCCCUCUGUGGAUUCGGAUCGGUGUGCAUUCAGGGCCGUGUGCAGCGGGAGUGGUGGGGAACAAGAUGCCCCGCUACUGUCUUUUCGGAGAUACGGUCAACACUGCAUCACGCAUGGAGUCCACGGGCCUGCCUCUGAGAAUUCACUUGAGCCAGUCUACCAUCAACAUCCUGCAGAGGACAGACUGCAUGUUUGAGUAUGAAGAAAGAGGAGAGACGUACUUAAAGGGUAAAGGCAAAGAGAUGACAUACUGGUUAACAGGAGUGACCGGGGGGAAAUACAACCUGCCGACACCUCCAACAGCGGAGAACUUCCAGCGGCUCCAGCAGGACCUGUCGGAGAUGAUCGUGUCCAGUUUGGAGAGCCGUGGCGAUGGGAGCGAGGGCUUUAAAAACAGGAAGACCCUGUCCACCAAAGUCCAUCGGGGAGAGACUAACAGCAGCCUGCAGAGGAACAGCCCGCCGGAGUACUUCCACCUGGCUGUCACUGACAACCCCAGCUCGUACCUGUGAUGAGGAGCUUUCAGUACAAUAUGGCCAAGGAGGAGACGUCAUAGAAGUACAUCACAGCACCUGAAUCAGCCCUGCUGGGUGUGUUGGCGUGGCAGCGGAGCCGCCGUGAGGACCAGCGGGCGUGUUGGAAGUGAGCCGUGUGUGUUGAUGUAACGAUAAACGGUCGAGCAACAGAGUCUCAGUUGUCUCUUUACCCUUUGACGCGUCAUCCUCUCAACACCCAUCCUUCUGACACGAAAUUAACUGUUUAUUAGUCGAUGUUUUGCUAAAAAGGAACAAAGUCCACCCUAAGAUUUGUUUGUAAAUCUCAUUCAAGAUGUUUUUCAAGUUUUAUUGUGGAGGAAUAGAUGGUUUAAAUGGUUAAAAUAAGGCUCCUCCUCUUUUAUUGUGCUGAGCUGACACAUUUCAACACGACAUUCUUGAGAUAGCAUCACUGUGUGUACUCUACAUUAUCACAUGUAUGUUAUGGGAAUAAGAAAAGGAACAAACCAGCCCUAAGAGUAGCAAACAAAUAUACAAUAUCUACCAGUGUAUUUUGAUACUGUCACUUUAGGGAGCCAACGUUUUGCAAUUUUACUCAUAAUGGCUAUACAUAUAACUAUUUUGUGUGGAUAUUUCAUAUAUAAUGUUGCAAAUAAAAAACGGCAUGGGCUCAUGCCUUCUUUUAAUUAGUAACACACAACCAUCACCAUCUCCUGGCCUGUGGAAAAUGAUAAGUCACAGGUAGUUAUUGUCACAACUACAUGGAUCUUAUGGGAGUCAUAUCAGAGCUAUUAAAACACACGGCUUUCUCAAAGUAAUCCAAAUUGAAUGAAUGUACUCCUCUUGACUUUUCUUUAAACAGUUCUCCGUUUAUGUUUAGAUGCUGCCUGCAGGAAACUUAUUGAUUGAGAAAGUUUGACACUAUUUACCAUGUAAAUACCCUUUUCUGCUUUUCCAAACUGUACUUGUCACAAUAUAGCGGAGAUCUGAGAAUAUUUCUCUUUCACACCACAAUGCUACCUUGUUUUCAGAACAUCAGAAAUAUCUGUAAGGAUUUUGGUCUUGUUUUAUUAAAUGAUGUUUAAAAUAUGGCAC